UGGCCCACCAGCCUGCCGGGCUCGCAUCCUGAGGCACGCACAGCCGCUCCGAGGAGGACAUGGCAAAGAACCGGCACAGUUUAUAGGCAGAGACGAGGAGGGCUAAGCAAACAGGGGGUGGUGCAGCAGGGGGUGGCUCCCCUACCGCACCAGCCUGCCCGAGCCGCCCGGGUCAGAGGCAGUGCUCCCAGACCCUCGUGUGCCAUGGGGCUGCUGCUCCCAGCUGUGCUGCUGGGCCUGUUCGGCGUGGCACUCGCCGCCGAAGAGUCGUGCGCGGGCCGCUGCGACGUUGCCUUCAACUCCAGUAUGAAAUGCCAGUGCGACCCGCUGUGCGUGUACUACCAGAGCUGCUGCAGUGACUACAACAGCGUCUGCAAAACCAAAGUGACCCGCGGGGACGUGUUCGCCUUCCCGGAGGAUGACUACAGCUACUUCUACGGCAACAAAGGCGACCCCUUCGACCAGGGCACAGGGAGCCCCGAUGUGGCCACGACCUUCCCUGCCCCGAGCACGAGCGAGAUGUGGACUGAAGAGCCUACGCAGCAGUGGGAGCUGAGCACCGAUCCGAGCGUGACCACCGAGGCGCUGCCGGCUACGGUGGAGGACUGGAACCAGGACGAGGAGCAGGAGGAGGCAUGCAGUGGGAAGACCUUUGACGCAUUCACCGACCUCAAGAAUGGCUCCAUCUUUGCCUUCCGAGGGAAAUACUUCUAUGAGCUGAAUGAGACCAGUGUGAUGCCCGGAUACCCCAAGUUGAUCCGGGAUGUCUGGGGGAUGGACGGGCCCAUUGACGCCGCCUUCACCCGCAUCAACUGCCAGGGAAAGACCUACAUCUUCAAGGGCAGUCAGUACUGGCGCUUUGAUGACGGUGCCCUGGACCCCGGCUACCCGCUCAACAUCUCAGAAGGCUUCGAGGGCAUCCCUGAUGACCUGGACGCGGCCUUCGCUCUCCCCGCGGAGAACUACGCCGACAAUGAACGUGUCUACUUCUUCAAAGGCAGGCAUUACUGGUCCUACGAAUUCGCCCAGCAGCCGACCUGGGAGGAGUGCGAGGAGCAGGACUCCCAGUCGGCCGCGUUUUGGCACUUCGCCUUCCUGGUGGGCACCGACUGGGACGAUAUCUUCGACAUGCCCUUCGGCCUCAGCAGCAGUAAGUGCAGGGGGGCCUGGGGCGGGGAGGCCUGGGAGUGUGAGCUGAGCCCCUCCCGCCGCUUCUGGCCCUGGCUGCAGGACGACUCUGAGUCCUGGGAGCUGGACAGCGACUGGGUGUACAUGGGCACCCGGUGCCAGCCCGUCCAGAGCAUCUACUUCUUCGUGGGAGACAAGUACUACCGAGUCAACCUGAAGACCAUGCGUGUGGACUGGGUGCACCCUCGCUACCCGCGGCCCGUCGCCCAGUACUGGCUGGGCUGCCCCCGGCUGGAACCGAAGAGACCCUGACGGGGACCUGCCGCCCCCUUGGUGCCGCCCCAGCUUCUGCUGGAGCCAAAUAAACAGUGAGUUGAGGCAGUGCCGCAGCUGAGUCUGUCUGUCCGUCCAUCUCCACUGGGGGCUGCAGGUUGCUUGGCCGUGCCUGGAGC